CGACCGCCGUCGCCGCUCGUCUGGCGCAGCGUGCUCUUCUUCGUCGCGCUGCACCUGCUCUCCGUGCUGGGGCUGAUCCGCGCGCUGACGGCCGCCCACUGGCUGACGUCGCUGUUCGGCAUCGCCUGCUACGCCAUCGGCGGCAUGGGCGUCACCGCCGGCGCGCAUCGACUCUGGUCGCACCGCUCCUACAGCGCGCGGCUGCCGCUGCGCGUUCUGCUCAUGCUCAUGUACACAAUGGCCGGCCAGAACCACAUCUACGAGUGGGCGCGCGACCACCGGCUACACCACCGGCACUCAGAGACGGACGCCGACCCGCACAACGCCUCGCGCGGCUUCUUCUUCGCCCACUGCGGCUGGCUGGUGGUGCGCAAGCACCCGGAGGUGCGCCGCCAGGGCGCCAAGACCGACCUCUCCGAUCUGCUCGCCGACCCGGUGGUCAUGUUCCAGAAGCGCUACUACCUGCCGCUGGCGGUGCUCGUGUGCUUCGCGGUGCCGACCGUGGUGCCUUGGUACUUCUGGGGCGAGAGUCUCACCAACGCCUUCCUCAUCAGCGUGCUCAAGUACGUGAUGACGCUCCACUGCACGUGGCUGGUGAACAGCGCCGCGCACAUGUGGGGCAUGCACCCGUACGACCGCCAUAUCAGCCCGGCCGAGAACGCGGCCGUGGCGCUGUCCGCCUUCGGCGAGGGAUGGCACAACUACCACCACUCGUUCCCUUGGGACUACAAGACGGCCGAGCUGCCCGGCUACGGCGCCAACCUGACCACGGCCUUCAUCGACCUGUGCUCGCGGCUCGGCCUGGCGCACAGCCUCAAGAUCCCCGCCGACGUGGUGGAGCGGCGUGCCGCGCGCAACGGCGACGGCAGCUACAGGAAGCGGUAG